CGACGACUUCUGGUGCAGUUGGAUCGCUGUGCAUGGAAGAUGUGGUCACCCAUGAGCGAGCUCGUGCGUUUGCGCAUCGCAGAAUCACGCGUACCGACUUGAAGAAAUGGUCGGGCAUCACCGUUGAUGGUGCUGGCCUUCUGGAAGACUGGCAGGUCUUCAUUGGCCCCGCCGAAACCUCCGCCCAACCCCUGAAGUCGAAGCGAAUCAUCUUCAUGGAUACUCAAGAUUCGCACAGUUUCCGUAACUGCGCAUCCGCCACCCUGUCAAGUGAUGGCACGCUUCUCGCGGCGUCGUUUGAGGACGGCGAUAUCCUCAUAUGGCGACUCUCCGAUAGCUUGCUGGUUCAACAUCUACACCACAGGGACCUUUCAAGCUCAACUCCUGCCGAGGCAGCCAAAUUUCUGGUAUUUUGCUCCCGGGAUAAAACCCUUGUUUCGUGUUCGGCAGGCUGCGAAACCUUUUGGGAUAUUCAGAGCGGUCAUAGACUUGAGAGUCCAUGGCGGAACUCGUUCUGUAGGCCAAUUCUCAGCGUCGUAUAUGCACCGAACGGCGUACUCAGCGCUGUCAGCCAUUGGAAAGGCACAAACGUGACCCUCAAGGACGGCCGGAAAAUGAGUAGCAUCUUGGUUCAUGGAUAUAUACGCAAGCUCUCCUUCUCCCCGGAUAGCUUACGCCUCUACAUCGAGUUGAAGGACUCCUGCAUCAUAUUUGACACCAACACCCAUAAACGCAUCGCCAUAAUACAGCGGGAGUCAACGAGACCGCUCUACUGCUCGAUGUCCUACCAAGGCGAUCGCAUAGUCACUGCGUCGGACGACGGCAAAAUGAAGAUUUGGAGCGCGGUAACCGGCAGGAACCUUCUCACGAUCAAGUUCCCGAAGAUUCUCUCGACCUCCGUAACGUUCUCCCCAGAUGGCGCCGAGGUGAUGGCGGCCUGUCGGGCGGACAACACAGCUAUCGCCUACGAUUCGUGGACAGGCGGGCUACGCCGUGUUUUCCAAUUUUCAGCCAGAGCGCAACAUCUCCUAUACUCUCCAAAUGGUGCGUUCGUUGCCGUAGGCACAGUAAACGGAGAUCUCCAGGUAUUCAACGCGAGGUCCGGGACAUUCGUCGCCAAAUUCGAGGGUGCCGGAGAAGGCUGGGAUUUCAAAGCGAUUCAAUUUUUGCCUGACAGUCGGACGCUUCUGGCACAGCUCUCGCAUGGACCUCUGAUUCUGUACAACAUCCAGGAUGCAUUACGAGUGCGAUAGCGUAGUAGCGACGUUUUCCCCGUCCAAUGCAUCGUAUUAGUAAAAACACGUAGGUUAAACGUAGCAAAAUACGCGGAUUGUCUGGUAUUGCUAUGCGGCACGAGCGCGGUAUGCGAUGAGCGGGAGGUGUCUCUGUGUAUGGAGAGUAUUGAAGCAUGAACAAGACAGAAGGUCCGCAAAAGGCAGACGCUUGAGCGGCAGAAGUGACGGCGAGAUGCCUAGUGUCCGCCUGACGUAGGGACCGCAGAGUUAGGCUUCAUAGACCUUGCGCAGCAACGCGUCUUAUAUAACAGUGCCGGCUGGGCAUUCUGCGCAGGCCGUGGGCAGUGACUUGUCACAGCACAAGCGCGAGACCCGCAGACAAUAUUCCAUCUCGCGCAGAUGAUCGAAGAUACCUUGUGUCGAAGAUAGAGUACAAGACGACGUAUUUAGCGAAGUUGAGGUUAAUCGCCACGACGAGCUGUAGUCGAUGAGCACGAUGCCAUUAUGCGGGAGACGGGAGAUGACAUAUCACCUGCUUGGUUCCGUCAGUCAGACCGUGUAUCCACCUGAAUUCUCCCUGUCCAGGUCAGUUAUCUCGACACCGACCUGAAUUGGU